AUGACUCGUCCCAAAGUACCCGAUGACAAACGACAAAGAACAGCUCAGGCUUGUGAAACCUGCAAGCGACGCAAGCAAAAGUGCAACGGCUUACAACCAUGUUCGGCCUGCAUCAAAAGGUCCUCACCGUGCACCUACAAGUCUGAAACCGCAGUCGACCCCGCCCCCCAGCAGAAAGCUUCAUCGCCUACGAAACGAAGACUUACCGAGAUCUCAGGUACCCCCGCUGGAAAGCCAACUCCGAAAGAUAACCAAGCGGUGAAGAAACCGGCUAUCCGCCAGAAUACUCUUCCCACUAAGCCGACUAGCCAACGACCGAGCGAGACCGAUGCGAUUCCAUUAUCAAAACCCCCAGCAGUACCUGGUGAUACCCAAAACACUGCUCUUCACGAAUCUAGCUCUCGUCAAAGCACCGUGUCAGGGGCAGAUGACGAGGCGGAGGUCUUUACAGAAACAAGACUACUUCAAGCCCCCAAUGGCCGUCUCAUCUACCUCGGUGAUUCUGCAACUCUAUCCUGCCUCCAAAUACUUAGGUUCAUCGUUGGAGAAUUUGAGCCUUGCGACUUUACCAAUGACCCAAGUCGUCAUAAGAUCAUGGAGAAUGUGAUUGAUUUCGACUCAAACCAGGAGCUCCCGGGUAUAAUUCCUCCUCCACAAACCGCUCAGGUGCUUCUCAACUCUUUUUUCGCCAAUACCCAUGGUCUACUAGAUCUCUUCAACCGUACCGACUUUGAGCGUGCCGCAAUUGCAUGUCUCCAUAAUCCAUUCAUAGCAAAACCGGGAAUGCUAAACCUCAUGUACCUCAACUUUGCAACUGGUCUUGUCCUUGCAACACCAAAGCCGGGGAAUGACGAAGACGCUAUCAUCGGUCGUCUGCGGCAAUCUCAGAUUGAUGUAGCAGAGAAUUAUUUCCGGACAAUGGCUGUCCAAUCGGCAUUCACCCUCGGCCUUCAUAGAGGGAUGCAGAUGCAGCUGAUCUUUUCGAAACAGGAGCAAGUUGUCCGCCGGAAGGUUUGGAGGAGUUUGUUCGUCCUAGACCGGUUCCUGGCAGCUGCUCUUGGGCGUCCAACGCUUAUAGCGGAGGAAGACUGUUCAACCGAUUCCCUCGAAGCUCUUCAGGAAGAACUUGGAGAGAUGCCCGAAGACGACCGCUGCAUGAACCUUGCCGUCGAUAUUGCACGGCUCAUCGGCCGUAUAUUGAAAACGGUAUACGCUAGCAGAAGGGUGACGACGAAGUUAGCCCAAGAGUUCACAGCUCAUAGUCAAAAACUGGAGAAGCAGCUCCAAAAAGAAUUCCACUGGGAUCGAGCCAUGGACCCCUCUACACCAACGAUAGAAGCUGUUGCUAUCCUCCACCUAAAUUUGUUCCACUCUCAUGCCGUUCUUCUCUACACACGACCUUUUUUCCUCUAUCUUCUCAAAAACGACCAGGUUGACAAGGUUCCCCCGACAAAGUUCAGCCAGCGGAUGCAAAGAUUCUCAAGGACAUGUGUGAAAAUAUCCGAGCACACUAUUGAGAUUGUGCAAGCCGCCCAUAACGCACGAUAUCUGCCACAGAGAAACCCAUUCGUCACACACUUCCUCUUUGCGGCAGCCCUCGUGAUCCUCGGAAACGAAUUCGCUCGACUCCAUCCGAAUCCGGGAUACUCCAGGCAGUUAUCCAACGUCCUGUCCAUAGUGGCGUAUUGCGCCCAGACCGAUCCACAGGCCCGCCGCCUCACCUAUAUACUCGAGACUUUCCGAGACGUAGUAGCACGGCGACACCGCUCCCAGUCAGCAGAUACCGAAAGAGACCCCUCCCGUGCGGUGCCUUACGCUGUAUCUCCUAGGGACAAUAUUGCGCCUGGACCUAGCCGUAUUCCAAAGAUUGAUACAGACCGUUACAAAGGACCAUCGGUUUCAGACGGACUCUCUACUAGAACCCGAGUGCCUGUUGGAUCUCCGAUGCGCUACGCACCUAUAAUACCCUCGCUCCAAGAGGCGCCCUUUCAAGGCCCAACCAACGGAGCCUCGCCAGCAAGUUCAGCUAGCUACUCGUUGAGAGGUGGCGAUGCCAUGCCAGGGCGGCGGGCAAGUGACGUGAACACUCCCGCGGGCGAGGACGAAGUUAACCUCGACGCUCUCUGGCAAUCGGCUCACGGAGAGCCUCAUCUUAGUGGCGUUCCGCUAUAUCCGACAUUUCCAACAGGGCCAUCCAAACCGAUGCAAUCCGAAUCGGGCUCGUUUGGAAUGUAUGACGCUUUCCUACAUUCACAGGGUCGACCUUCAUAA